UGCGAAUUUCACAAACAAGGACGCACAGCACACAGGCAGGAGACAGAAGGUGUACAUGUAGCAGACAGAGCUGAAUACACACCCAGCUUCAUGGAGACACAAGAGGCUCACGGCAGCGGGAUUGGGAGCGUGAUCGGGGACGUGGGCAUGUUUCCAGCACAAGAACCAGGCACACUCCAGUCCCAGUCCCAGCCCCAGUCUCAUUCCCAGCAACGCCCGCACCCUUAUGCUCAUUCCACCACAGGGACGGCGGCGCCUCCCACGAUUGAACGGCCACAUCAUAACUACCAACCACAGUACGGCUAUGACCACCAUUCCCAGCCGCACCACCGCCACCAUCACCAACCAGCACAUCUGCCGCAGCAUCUGCCGCCGCACCCGACAGCUGCAUCCACGGCGCACGGUAGCGACCUGGGCUCUACGUUGCGGCUGCCUCCAAUUCACCACAGACUGCAGCAUCGCCAGCCUGCUACCAUGGCCUCCGUGUCUGCACGCAUCUCAGCGUCGCAGACCGCAGAGCCCUUGAGAACACACAAUGUUGGUCAGCUCGUUGGCAAUGCCUUUGACGAUAUCCUCUACUACCAACAGCAACUCGAGCAGCAGAACAUCAAAGUGCUGCAGUUGGAACGGGCGCUGGAUCAGCAUCAGCAACGGGAGCACCUGUACAACCGUGCACUGGAGACCGCAGCCCGAAAGGACGCUCAAGUGGAAGACAUGCAGGCGUCCAUGCAGCAUUUGAGACAGCAGCUUGACCAGUUGCAGCAGUCCACAUCCACGCUGCAGGCUGAGCGGGAUCACUUUGCCACAUCGUACUCGACAACAAUGGCAGACCACCAGCACCGCAGUAAAGAGCUGGAGGCCGCGAAUGCAAACGCAGCCGAGCUGCAGCAGCAAGUACAACACUUGCAAUCGGAACUCCAACAAGCUCAGACCAACCACCAGGCAGCGCAAUCAACAAUUCAACAGCUUCACAGAGAGCACAGCGAGGAACAGUCGAGACGCGAGGACGAGAAGCAGCGAGAAUUGGCGGCGCUGCAAGCAGAAAUCGACGCCAAGGCGGAGGUGGUGGCAGCGCUGUCGACAGAGAAAACAGACCUGUCCACGCGCUGUGACGAGCUGCAGCAGGAGGUGCAGAGCUUACAAGCGUCGAUGGAUGAGGCAGCAGCGUCCCACAAUAACGCCAUGCAGGACUUGCGGGCGCAGUUGACACAACAGCAACAGCGGGCGGACGAGCAAGCAUCCAACAUGACUCAACUCCAACAGCAGCUGGCGGCCGUCCUCCACACAGAGCCAACCUCGGACCAUAUCGUGGCCCAGGUCAAAACACUUGCAGUGCGUGCGCAGAGCUUGGAGGCAACACAGCAAACUCACGAACACGUGACUCAAGCCGCGGCAUCUGCUGCCCGUGAAGGCAUUCGUGACCUGCAGGCUGUUGGGGCCAUGCUUGAGUCUGUGUUCUUCAGCGGUGGCACAGAGGGGGAUGGCGCUGGCGUGGCUGCGGCGUCAAGCGUGCUCACGGGUCUGGCGCCGGUUGUUGGGCACGUGCGAGGCCUGGAGCAACAGUCGUCAUCAGCGGCAGGAGUGGCGGAGGAACAGGUCAGCAGCGACACGAACGGCGAGCCCACCUCUUCCUCCGAGGACCAACAACGGGCUGCUGCACACGCUGCUCUGCCGCCGCAGCACACGCUCAUGCACCGUGCGUGGCGUGUGCUUGACCGCCUACUCGCUGGCGUGCAGCGCACCAUUGCGUCCAUGGAGGCGCAGCACACGGAUGCCAUGCGGGCCGCAACUGAAGAGAAUGAGCGCAAACAACACGAGCUCACGGCAUCGAUACAAGAGCUCAAGGACACAUGUGCAGCGCUGGAGCGGGAUCGGGCCGCAACACGCGACCAGCUCGCAGCGAUGGCAAAGAACUUGCAGGCGAUUGACGAAGCGGCGUUGGAAGAGGAGGAAGAGCAGCACGAUGAAGAUGGCAUCGCAGAUACAGCACAGGGUGGUGUCGUGGCGAGCGGUGGCCGCGCGAGGAAUGAUGACGACACAACACGUGCAAGGGGUGAAGACGGUGACAAUGGCUCCCAUGCGUCCGGCAACACAACAAAGAAAGCAGCGCGCACCAGCGGCAACCCUGCCCAUUCUGUCAAGCGCAUCAUCAACGACAUUCAGCGCAAGCACAAGCAUGAGCUGGAGGAGGUGAAACGGCGUUUGGACGAGGCAGCCGCCGACUUGGAACGUGUGCACCAGGAGCAAGCACGUGCAGCGCGUGAGUGGGAUGACGAACGAGAGCGAUUGAAGGAGCAACAUGAUCAAGCACUUCGGACCGUGACGGAAAGCAAAGAGAGGCUGGAGUAUCAGCUGCAGAGCAAGGAAGCGGAGGUUGAAGCCCAGCAGCAAAAGUGCUCGCACUUGACAGAACAGCUCAAGCACAUGCGAGAGGAAGUGCAAUCGCUGCAGACACAACAUGCCUCGCUCGCACGAGAGCUGAAUGAUCGUGACCACGCACUACAGCACCAGUCAGCCAUAGUCGAAGCACUGCAGGAUGAAGUGAGUUUGCGGAAAGCCACCAUCCAGGACCUACAGGGCAAAGCAGUGCAGUUGCAGCGCAAAUUCAACGAGACACAGGCGACAUUUGACGACGAGAAGAGCAGGAUGGCGGCUGCCAUUGUCCACUUGAAGCAGAAGAAGCAAGAGAACGAGCAGAAGAUCCAAUCGCUGCAGGCGCUCGUUGACGAGCAAGGAACGCUCAAGAACUUGAACGAACAGCAGCGACGCGUUCUCAAACUUCAAUCGGAACUCGCAUCCACCAAGGCGCGCAUGUCGGAUCUCAAGGCGUCAUUGCACUCGGAUUUGGUGAAGGAAGUGCACACGCUACAGGCAGAGUUGAGAACGGCUCAAAGCACCAUCUCAGCGACGGAGAUGGAGCGCGAUGCAGCGCGACAGGACAACGCCGUGGAGAUCUCGGUGCUCAAGUCCAAGGUGUCGUGCUUGCAGAAGGAGCUUGAAGGCGUCAAGGCCGAGUAUGAUGCCAUCAAGUCGCAAGAUUUCGAGUCUGUGAUCCGGAAGCGUGAGGAGCGGGUGUCGGAGCUUGAGGACCAACUGCAGUUGAAGCAAGGCGAAGUCGACGAGCAGAAGCAGCUCGUAAAGAUUGCGGAGGACCGCAUUCGUGCGCUGGAGGAAGCGGCCGCCAACAACGACAGGGAACGCGAGCUGCAGGAGACGGUGAAGAAGCUGCGUGGAGUCAUCUCUGAUUUGAAAUCCGCGGCAGAGGAGGACGCGGCGGCGCUGCAGAAGCUGCGAGCAAGUCAGAUGGAGCGGGAUGCCGCUGUUCGGGAGCACAAGGAGCGCAUCGAACAGCUGGAGGAAACCGUGCGCGAGGAUGGGGAGUUGCGACUCGAGCUGAUCGAAGGGUUUGCAUCGUUUGCCAACGACAUUAGCAAAGCCGUCAUUGGCCCCACGUUUGAGGUGCUCAAGACUGAUGUGUGGACGGACGAGCACGAAGAGCUAGACAGCAGGAAGCAGAAAUGGGCGCGGCGUGUGGACCGGGUGCAGCUGGCAAUUUGCACGACAGUGCAGCGCAAGGACGAGAAAAUUGCUGGAAUUCCUCAGCUCAUCAAAGAAGCAGAGGAGCGUGUGACGAAGAAGUUGGAGCGACAGCAAAAGUCGCAUCGCGCAACACUCGAUGCAAUGGCCACCAAGAUGGAACGGCAACAAACGCUCCUUGACAAGUACGACAAGACCGUCGCCCACGUCAAGGAACUGGAGGCAACCAUAGAGAAGCUGAAGCAGGAGAUUGCAGCGGCGAAAGAAGAGACAAAGACGGCCGAGUCGCAUCUUGAGCGCGCCCGUGCCGCUGAACGCACUGCGCGGGAUGAAGUGGAGCAACUGCAAUCCACAAACAAAAUGCUGGAGGAGCGGAGCAAGCACAGCCUGGCAGAGCGCUUGAGCCAGCAGCAGAUGCUCAGUGAGGGCGGGAAACAGGUGACUGCACAGCGCAUCAAGGAGCUCGAGACCCAACUUCACGCCACGAAGGUUGAUGCCAUGCGGCGGCUCCGGAGCAAGAGUCUUCUGAUUGCGUCGCUGAAGCGGGAAGUAAAUGCGCUGCAGGACGGCGCGCAACUUGCUGAUGGCGAUGCAUUGGAAGGAGACGUGCAGGCUGAUGGCGAUGACACAAUUGGGCACAGCAAUGAUGGGGUGAAGGAAGCACUUGUGCCACAUCCGCCAGCAACAGGCAAAGCCGGACACCAUACAAGCGCACGCCGCCACUCGCUCGGUGGUAGGAAGAACGCAAACGUCAGCGAUGGUGAUGUUGAACAGCGGGGCGCAGGCAUUCUGCAAGAGAUUAAGACAGCGCUCAGCACCGAGUGAUGUACCGUGAUGACGGAGCGUGGUGAUGGUGCGUCUUUGUGGUGGUGAUUACCUUGUGAUUUGGGUGGAUGUUGCAUGCUUGCGUCCUGUGGGAUUGGAUGUGCAAGGCGACACCUUGUUGGUUGUGGUCACACCACAUCACAGACAUUUUAGGAAGCUUGUUCUGGAUCGAAUAUCAAGUGUGAAGAACCGCUAUUUGCAUGUGCAUGCACUUGCUGCUCAAUUCAACUGUCAUGCCUGCACACCCCACGAACGUAAUUGUAUGCAUGGAUUUGAGUGUGCAUGUGCAUGUGCAUGUGCGUGAGCAUGUUCGUGUGCAUGUGUGUGUGUGUGUGUCACACAUGUUUAAUCAACGAGCUCUGCGUGCUUGUUUCGCGCGUGCGAGCUUGGUUACAACUGACAGGAAACGCUUCAAUUUGUGUCCCUGCCCGACAGGGUCGAAUACACGAAACAAGACCAA